AGAUGGCAAGGUGUCACCGUCAGGGCUUACAAGAAGCGUUGGAAAAGGGGGAUGAUCCAUUGGUGGAAUCCGAAUGGAUGAAUUGACAACGGAGGUCUACACCUGAGCUUCAUGGUCAACACGUGGAUGCUGGAGAGGUGAGGGAGGCAGAGGGAAGGCACACCAGGUAAUGGGGCUUUCUUUCUCUGCCCACACCUCUCCCUCGGUCUGAUUGCACUGUGAUUGAUUGUGGGCAUUUACGUGUCCACCAGAGUCGGGUGGAAUUCGGGGAGGGUUUGAGUUUUAUGUUUCUGGGCAAUUUUGUUAAUCUUUUGAAUAUGAUGGGGCGUGCGUGCUCCAAGGCUUAGGAGUCUCUCGUGAUAGUCAUAAAAAUAUACUUCAGACGGUGUCUGUUCUCAGUUUUUUCCCGUCGGUGCGAGUGGAAUUCGGAGGAGUUUGGUGGUGAAUGUCUUUGGAGGGGAAAGGGAGAGCCAAUCUGGAUAGGGUCUCUCUUUCAGAAGGACCUGCAUUUUUUUUCAGCAGAUUGAAGAGUUGCCCGAGGCCAUUUUUCUAGGGUGUUGACAGGAGCGAUGGAGGUCCGGUGGGCAUCGGCAACGACCGGAGAACUGGCCCCUACUGGUAUUCAAGCUCUGCAUAAUAAAGUGAUUUCCGCGCCUCAAAUCUCAAGAUGUCUUCGUGCCCCAAUCUCUACCGCAUCUUCCUCAGGGACUCAAAUGCUAGCCACGAGCACAAGCUCGUUGCAUUGCGACGAGAGAGUUGUCGCAAGAUUAGCCUUCCAAAGAACUCUGUCGGCCCGCAGUAGGAAUCUCAGGUUGGGGAAUUCAUCCUCUGCGUUCCCAGGGGUGUUGGUGUUGAAGGUUGUUCAGCAAUAUACACCGAACACUGGGGGUGACGAAGGUUUUGAGUAUAAUCUGAGAGUAAACGCUACAGGAGAAAAUUCAUCGGAACCUGUAUCUGCACCAUCAUCCACCUCCACGCAGAAAAAACCUGGUCCGUUGUCGUCCAUCUUCAGUAUUCCUAAAUCAAUCUGGAAAUCAUUGGUUUCUCCUCUGAACAAUUUUGGAUUCGGAUCAACAAGCAUAUGGGAAGGUGGAGUUGGACUCUUUGUGAUGUCUGGAGUGGUUUUACUGGCCAUCACUCUCACUUGGGUGAAAGGAACACAACUGCGAUCUAGGUCUCGAAAGUAUGAAGCAGUAAUUGAAUUUGCACGAGCUCAGGGUAUUACCGUUGGAACGCCUGUUCGAAUCAGGGGAGUAGAUGUCGGCAGCGUAGUUGGGGUGAAACCAAGUUUGGAGCGCAUUGACGUUGUAGUUCAGGUACUAGAUUCAGGCAUAGUGAUUCCUCGCAACGCACUGGUGGAAGUAAAUCAGUCUGGACUUAUCAGCGAAACCCUAAUCGAUGUCACUCCUAGAGUGCCCAUACCUCGACCUACAGUUGGUCCAUUGGAUGAAGGCUGCAAAGAGGAAGGUCUCAUCGUCUGUGACCGAGAGAGGAUCAAGGGUGAGCAAGGAGUAAGCUUGGAUGAACUUGUAGGCAUCUGUACGAAAAUUGCCAAACAAAUGGGUGAGUUGGGAGUGGAGAAUAUGUAUGGCAUGGCGGAACGCGUCACUGCUGCUGUGGAUGAGGCAAAACCCCUCCUGGCAAAGGUAGAAAUACUGGCAGGAGACAUAGAGCCUCUCCUGAAAGAGCUCAAAGAUGGUGGAUUGCUGAAAGAUUUAGAACGGUUGACAAAGGUUGUUAGUGAAGCUGGAGAAGAUUUAAGGACAUUGAACAAACAAGUUUUGACAAGUGACAAUGUAGAACUCCUACGGCAGUCGGUUACAACCUUGACGAAAACUCUAUCACACAUUGAGAAUAUCUCUCAAGACGUGAGUGGACUCACUGGGGAUGCUGGAACGAGGAAGAACUUACGGCAGCUGAUAGAGUCUUUGAGCCGCCUUGUCAUGGACUGAGAUGAAGCCUCUUUGCAAAUUUCUUUCAAGAUUAGUUUACCUCCAUGGUUACCUAUUCUUUUUCCCUGAUUACAAUUUGUUGUUUCAUACUGUAACCUUACCUGUCUCGCCAUCCAGGUCUUGUAUUUUAGAGGUCCACAGAAAGCACAUGGUUGUUUUCCGCCCACUCUAGUUAGAUUUGUGCAGUAACAUGACACAAAAAAUCAGAGCACAUCUAGUGCACAGUUCUUAGGCCUGAUGUGAAAAGAAAGCUUCGCGGCUGUCGCACUUGGUGAAUUAGGUCACCAUAUUUAUAUAAAUCAUGAGAUGGUUCAAAAAUCAGCUCUAGGCUGCCAAAGCAUCACACACGAGUUGUUUUUUCACAACACAUGGAG